CGCACAAUCAACUAUCAGGAGAGUUUCCUGAUUGCAUGACACAAUGGCCAAGAUUAGUGAUUCUGAAUUUGGCUAAUAAUCAUUUAUUUGGGAAAAUUCCAAACUCUAUUGGAUCAUUGUAUCAUCUUGAAUCGUUGGAUUUGCAAAACAACAAUUUUUCUGGAGAAAUACCAUCGUCUCUAGGAAGUUGCAGUGCCUUGCAAUUUUUGAACUUAAAUUACAAUAGCUUCUUUGGAAAAAUACCAACUUGGAUUGGAGAAAGGCUAAGUAAACUAAUUUUCCUUCUCCUGAGGUCCAAUAAUUUCAGUGGAGACAUCCCCUUGAAGCUAUGCUGGUUGAAAAAUAUUACGGUGCUAGACCUUUCCAACAACAAUCUAUCUGGAAACAUACCAUCGUGCAUCCAGAAUCUGACCACAUUAGCUCAAAAGGAGAGUUCAGCCAUUGAUUAUUCUUUUGCAGUUUCAUAUACUGAUGGUAAUGGCUAUUACGAAGGAUUCUAUGUUGACAAAGCAUCUGUAAUGUGGAAAGGAAUGGAGCGUGAUUAUGAGAAUGGAAAUCUCAAGACUCUAAAGAUUAUUGAUCUUUCAAGCAACAAAUUAACAGGAAAGAUUCCAGUCCAGAUGAGACAGUUAGAAUCACUGGAUCUGUCACAUAACCAGCUUUCAGGUCAUCUUCCUGGGAGCAUGUCCCAAUUAAAUUUCCUCAGCACUUUGAAUCUAUCGUACAACAACUUUUCAGGGAGAAUCCCAUUAUCAACCCAAAUGCAGUCCUUUAAUGCAUCUGCAUUUGUUGGUAAUCCCUCACUCUGUGGACUUCCUCUGACACCAACUUGCCCGGGAGAUGAAAAAUCAAAGAGCGAAUCAACAGAUAGUGGUGGCAAAGACAAUCAAGAAGACAGAGCUGAAUUUUGGAAAUCAUUUAAACCGGGUAUCGAACUUGGAGCGGCCAUCGGCUUUUUGGGAGUUCUGGCUGUGAAGUUAGAUCAUCCAUGGAAACAUCUCUGUUUCCUGUUGUUCAACAACGUGAAGGUCCGCCUUAGCAACUUGAAGGACUGCCUUUAUUUACUUGUAGCAACAGUUGGUUUGCUGGUGAGAGAGCAUGUAUCCAGAUUGGGAAGAAAGUUGAAGUUGUUCGAGCCAUCAGUCUCUUCCUAGAAGCCGGUUCAAGAUGUUUCAUGUUGCAAAGUGAACUUCCAGGAUGUCUUCUCCUCUUUCCGGAUCGAUAAGUCCAAGCUGAGCAGGGCAUUGUUUCUUUGUGUCUGGUUGAAAUGUCUGUUUAAAUUAAAUGGUUUGCGCUUGUUUUUCUAUCAUCUAUUUUGUAAUAAUUUGCUUGAAACUGAUAUGCAAUAUGGAUUUGUAUUCUGUAAUUUAACAAAGUUUGUAAUCUGGA